CUGGUAAACAAGUUGGAAGGAGAACACAGCACAGAGUUGGUGUUAGAACUCUGGUCGGCGCUUUAUGCACUUCUAUGGGUGAUAGCCUGGGGUGCUACAGGUCAAGGAGGCUCGUAAAUUGAAAUCUGCUUCAAUUCCGUUCACAAUCAUUUGGAACACUUGAAGACCGGCUCAACGAUGUUUUGUCGCGCCUUAUUCAAACCUCCCAAAUCAUUGUUUGCGACUGGAUGUGCUGUGAUGUCUUCAUCUCACAAGUCUUGGAAUUCAAUAUAUGAAUUCACUGUCAAAGAUAUCAAUGGUGUGGAUGUCUCCUUAGAGAAAUACCGUGGUCACGUUUGUCUAAUUGUUAACGUUGCUUGUAAGUGAGGCGCAACGGACAAGAACUAUCGCCAACUCCAGGAGAUGCACACUCGACUGGUUGGCAAAGGCCUCCGUAUAUUAGCGUUCCCCUGCAACCAAUUCGGCGGACAGGAACCCUGGGCGGAAUCGGAGAUUAAGAAGUUUGUGACUGAGAAGUAUGGAGUCCAAUUCGAUAUGUUUUCCAAGAUAAGAGUCAAUGGGUCUGACGCUGAUGACCUCUACAAAUUUCUUAAAAGUAGACUACAUGGCACCCUAACAAAUGGUAUUAAGUGGAACUUCUCUAAAUUCCUUAUAGAUCGUCAAGGCCAACCGGUUAAAAGAUAUUCUCCUACAACUGCCCCAAAUGUGAGUUGCUGAAUUUUCAAUAUUUCUAUUUAGUUAUCAGUUUUGACUGUCUAAAUAGAUAGACGUAACUUAAGAUAAAUUGAUGAAAUCAGCAAUCCACCCCAAACACUUCGAUUUUUUCUUAAUUGUCUAAGUAUUUUGUUGUGUUAUUUCUUAGGUAUGUAACUUUCAAUCACUUAAUGGGUGCGUUAGCUUCCUCCCAACUAAUGACGUGCAGACGUAAAACGUGGCUCAUAAACAAAUCACUUAAGGUCACCAUAUAAUGUGCGUCACGAGAAAUUUGUGUGAAAACAAACAUUAGUAAUAUAUGCUAACAUCAGAAAUUGAGGAGCGAAAUAUUCACAAUUGAACCUUAGUUAUUGCUUCCGCCUGGUUGAUCGCAAGUAAUGUCGUUAUGUUACGUCACGUAACCUAUAGUUCCUGUAGAUUUGAAGAUGCCACUAGGAAAUUUUACCCAUUUGAAUAUUUAGCUGGUUAGUGAUCUCUCUAUACAUUAGUUGUUUAGAUGAUUACAUCAAUUCGUUUCCAAACUAGUCUCACCUCAAUAGUGGUUAUACGUCAAAAAACCAAUCUGGACACAGCAUAUUACCUCACAGCCGGUACAUGUUGAUAAAGUUACCGGUUAAUUGUCAUGAAUGACAAAAUGAAACAUCAACUUUAGUUACUUGUUAGUUUUAUGGUACGUGAAAUAAAGUCCAUCGCUGCAUAUUUCAGUUAUUGGUCAUGUCAAACUUCAUGAAUGAAAUUCGAGUUUAAGUUAACUAUCUUACAUUGCACUAUAUGACGUCAUAGACCAAACGUUUUCCCGGCUCAGUUAUGAAAUAGUUAUCUGUACCGAAGAAACUAGAACUUCAGGAACGAACCUUCGUGUCUUUACUGAGUAACGUUAAUUCACAAUAUUGUCAUUUAAGUUUUGUAUGUCUUGGUCUCCAAUGUGACAGUCAUUUUCGUCAACAACACUAUUAGGUUAAUAGAUGUCCACACUCGUGACUGUUUGGACUGAUCUUAGUUAACUGCUACGUCUAUAGAACUAGUUCAUUUAAUGUUUGAUUUUUCUCAAAAACUUGUAUAUCGCCUUGUAAUGGUCUGCAAUUAGUUGUACAUCAGUGUACUACAAGCACUAGGUAUAAUAAUUACAGUUUUCGUGGGAGCGUACAAAGUUUCUGUAUGGCAGUCUUCAUCUUUCCAUUUCCUGGUUUAGUGACACCGGUUAACGCGUUUAGCACUUGGGUGUGUAGCGGUUAUUGAACCAUGUAUCAAUCCAAGCACAAUUUGUGUCAAGCAAUAGUGGAAUCCUCGACUACUGCAGAAUUCAAGGGUUGGGAAUAUCUAGUUUCCUCACACUACGUAAUUCAUAUAUAUUGUAGAUCUAACUUAUUACAAGUGAUUUUUUUCUCUUCAUUUACCUGCCUUGUGUCUUUUGGGGCAGACUUAUUGAUUGAUAAUGGCGAGAUAAUCGCAAGCUAUGAUUGCGUAGAGUAACCCACUUCUUGUCUGGCAUCCGUAAAUUAUCUUUCUCCAAUCUCACCUUUUCUAUUUGUAAUACAUCUUUAAUGCACUGUACUUCACAUAGCGUUGAUUCUGUAGUUUGUAAUACUGAUAUGGAGUGUGGGAAAUUGAGCUGGUGUAUGUCCAUACCAAACAAUUCCUUGAUUUUGACCGUCUGCCGUAUUAGGUGGUUAGUUCCAAUUAUGAUGCUUAAUGUCUAAUAGUGACCAAAUUUAUGAAACAGUUUUAUCGAUUAGUAAUCACCUUUCAGUUUUGGGAUUUCUGACCGAACUUUUGAUUUUUUUGUAGGAUAUUGUAGGAGAUAUCAUAGAGCUUUUAGAAAAGAAGUGAUCAAUGGAACUUUUGAGCUUUGAACAAAUUCUCGCUAUAUGACGAUGGCAAUCUCAAAUGUUCACUGAUUGCCAUUUGAUGAAAUCAGUUUUGUGUGCACCUGAUUGCAGAAUUUUGUUUACUUUGCUCAUAUUUUUCAUUGAAACUACUUCUCAGAAUAAAUGUGUUAUCUAUAA